AUGCAUUUCUCUACAUUAUUACUAGCUUCGGCCCUUUUCUUCGCAUUACACGUCCUUCUCCGGCUCGGACAAGCGACCUUCUCGUCUUUAAAGGAUAUUCCAGGUCCAUUCUGGGCUCGAUUCACAUCCCUUUGGUACUUCAACCGAGUACGCCAUGGAACCUUUGAGCAUGAGAAUAUCCGACUUCAUCAGCAGUACGGUCCCAUUGUGCGCCUUGCUCCAAACCAAUACAGUAUCAGUGACAUAUCCACAAUCAAGACUGUUUACGGUACUGGCUCGCAGUUCCCUAAGUCCGCCUGGUAUGAUGGUUGGAAACACCCAGCGCAAUGGACGGUAUUUACCGACCGAAACAUCAAAAGACAUUCGGAUACCCGCAAGCGGUUUACCAGUCUUUACUCCAUGAGCUCGCUUGUACACUAUGAGCCAUUUGUAGAUGAUUGCGCGGAAAUUUUCAAUCGCCGAUUGAUUGAGUUUACCGAAAGCAGAAAAUCAUUCAACCUUGGACACUGGUUUCAAUGCUAUGCAUUUGAUGUGAUUGGAAAUAUCACGUUCGGCGAACGAUUUGGAUUCCUUGACAAGGGUGAGGACAUUGACGGUGCGAUUUCCGCCGUCCAUAAGGUCAUGGUUUAUAGCACCAUGAUUGGAGUCUACCCAGAGUGGCAUCCCCGAUUGUUCGGACUGCUGAGUAAAUUCAAAUGGUCUGGUGCAAGCGGCCGAGCAUACAUCAGCGAAUUUGUAAGAGAGAAGGUUCGUCUUCACGAGGCGGAGUCCAAGGACACCGAGAAGGGUGAAUCAGAGCAUAUUCAAACACAGGAUUUUGUGGAAAAGUUACUCAUCGCGCGCAACAAGAACCCUGAAAAGGUAACUGAUUACCACUUAUUUAUCAUGGCUCAGUCAAACGUUACAGCUGGUUCAGAUACAACAGCGAUCAGUCUUUCUAGUAUUAUGUGGCAUCUUCUUCAGAACAUCGAGACACUGCAAAAAUUAAGGGCUGAGAUCGACGACUUCACAGCCCAAGGACUGUGCAGUGAAGAGGUUACAUUCAAGGAGAGCCAAGAGAUGCCAUACUUUCAGGCUGUCAUGAAGGAAGCAAUGCGAAUACACAGUGCAACUGGUCUGCCAAUGUGGCGAGAAGUCCCUGCAGGCGGUGCAGAGAUUCAUGGGCACUACUUCCCAGCUGGAACGAUCAUAGGAGCCAAUACUUGGGUAGCGCACUAUGAUGAUGGCGUAUUUCCCGAAGCGAAGAAGUUCCGCCCAGAGAGGUGGCUUGAGGCGGAGAGCAAUCCCGAUAAGUUGAAGGAGAUGAACCAGAUGUAUAUGCCGUUCGGCUUGGGGUCGCGAACAUGCCUUGGGAAGCACAUCUCAAUCUUGGAAAUGUCGAAGUUGAUCCCACGACUUGUUCGUGACUAUGACUUUACACCUCUCAGGAGUGACUGGAAAACGGAAAACUACUGGUUUGUCAAGCCGACAGAUUUUGAAGUCCAUGUACAGAAAAGAAUGAAGCCGACAGUAGUAGUAUGA